ACAGCAUCGACAUGGAAAUCGUUCCCGACGACGUCGUUAUUUCCGGAAUUGGAGGCUACUUCCCUAAAGCGUUAAAUAUAGAAGAAUUCAAGCAGAGGUUGUUUAGUAAUGAGGUUCUACUGGAAGCUAGAUGGCCAGAAGGGGAAAGAGGGGUAUGCAACAAAACCGGUAUCAUCCCUUCGGCGUAUUUCGACAACUCCUAUUUCGGCAUUCAUCGUCAGCAAUGUACCUUUAUGGACCCCAUGCAACGUUUGGUGAUGGAAAGAACUUUCGAGGCUUUAAUCGACGCUGGUGUUAACCCGGCGGAAAUCAGAGGGAGAAGGGUCGGAGUGUUUAUAGGGUCAGCUAUUGGAGAAAACGAUAACUUGUUCUUGGAGUCUGUGGUGAGCGGUUUUGGUGUGACUGGACACUCCAGGGCUAUGAUGCCCAAUCGCCUUUCUUACUGGCUGAAUUUGAAAGGUCCUAGCGUGGCAUAUGACAGCAACUGGGUAGGAGGUAUCGAGGUCCUUCGUUUAGCGUACUCGGCCAUAAAAACUGGCCAGUGCGAAUCAGUCAUCAUAGGAACGGCCAAUUUGGCACUAAACUCCGAGUUCCAAUGGAUCUACAACGACAUGGGACUGUUGUCCUCAGACGGAAGCACUAGAGCUUUUGACGCUGACGCUAGUGGGUAUGGAAGGAGCGACGGUAUCGUAGUCAUGUACAUCCAAAGAUCGUCUGAAGCUAGAAGAUCAUAUGCCAGUGUGCUAAGAGCAGCCACUCAGUUCGACGGAAACAGGAAAGGGGACCUUCUUACGAUAGACCCAGACAACAUGGCUGAAUUUCUGGAGGAAUUUUACCAAAAAUGCACUGUAAAGCCUGAAGAGGUGGAUCUCAUCGAGACCUACGGAUGCGCUCUUAAGGAAACUGAUAGGAAAGAACUUCUAGCCCUGGAGAAAGUCUACUGCAAAAACCGCAAGGCCCCGCUUCAAAUAGGCUCGGUGAAAACAAUCACAGGACACAGCGAAGCUUCUGCCUCGUUAUUCUCCAUCGUAAAGCUCAUCAUCGCAAUGGAAACAGAAACCAUACCUGCGCAUUUGCAAUUCAAGACGCCCAAUCCGGAUAUACCCGCAUUGCACAACGGGAACAUGGAGGUGGUCACCUACAACAAGAAAUGGGACCCCAAAUACGCAGCAGUUAACGCCAUAGGUAUAGAUUCUUACUAUGGACACGCGCUACUGAAGGCAAACCAGAAAAAGAAGAACCUCAAGGAAUGGCCCAUUCCGCCUCUGAUCAUCGCUUCGACCAGGACCCAAGAAGGCAUAGACCAACUUUUGGAAACAGUAAAAUCCAAGCCUAAGGAUCCAGAAUACUACCAACUGAUUCAAGACGUGUUCGCGAAACCAAUUCUGGGACAUCUUUACCGAGGAUACGCAGUUUUAGGACAGGAUGUUAAACAAGAAACCGAGUAUCACAUGGGAAAUAAGCGACAAAUCUGGUUCGUUUAUUCUGGUAUGGGAAGCCAAUGGUGCGGCAUGCUCAGCGAUUUUAUGAAAAUAGAAGUAUUUGCCAAAUCAAUUCAAAACUCUCAACGAAUCCUGGAGAAAAAGGGAGUGGAUUUAAUGAAAAUAAUCACUACCUCAGAUAAAACUAUUUUCGACAAUAUUCUGCAUUGCUUUGUCGGCAUUGCUGCUAUACAGAUCGCGCUUACUGACGUACUAAGAGCUAUUGGAAUAGAACCCGACGGUAUUAUUGGGCACUCCGUAGGCGAAUUAGGUUGUGCCUACGCAGACGGCUGUAUGACGGCCGAACAAAUGAUUCUCUCUGCUUAUUCCAGAGGAAGAGCUUCAAUAGAAGUCUCCCUUAUAAAAGGAAUGAUGGCCGCUAUAGGACUUGGAUACCACCAAAUCAAGGACAGACUCCCUCCGACUGUCGAGGUUGCAUGCCGCAAUGGGCCGGACAGUUGUACCAUAUCCGGUCCCACAGAAGACAUGGAAAAGUUCGUUAAGCAACUCCAAGACGAAGGCGUGUUUGCUCGUCUGGUUAAUGUAGCCAAUAUCGCUUAUCACAGCCGUUAUAUCAAACCCGCCGCUCCCCUCUUGCUUAAAUACUUAAAGGACGUUCUUCCUGAACCAGUCGCCAGGUCCUCAAAAUGGGUAAGCACUUCUAAUAUGGAAGAGAACUGGAAUACGGACUUGGCAAAGCAUUCCUCCGCUGAAUACCACACUAAUAACUUACUCAGCGCCGUGUUAUUCGAAGAAGGUUGUAAACACAUCCCUAAAGAUUCCAUACUUAUUGAGAUCGCUCCACACGGGCUCCUACAGGCUAUACUGAAACGGUCCGUAAAACAUUCUACGAACAUACCUCUCACUCAAAGAGGUAGUAAGAGUGGGGUCGACUUUUUGCUUCAGAGCUUAGGAAAAAUGUACUUGGCUGGUUUGGACUUGAACGUUUCAAAUCUUUAUCCUAAAUGUGAGUACCCUGUAAGUAGAGGUACUGCACAUUUGGGCGAUUUAGUACACUGGAAUCACUCCGAGACUUGGAGAACGGGUCUGGAAGACAAGCUCCACGCCCUGAUUGGUGUGAGAGAUUUAACUGUUUCUCUAAACAGCGAAGAAUUUAGGGAAUGUGUUGGGCAUAAGCUAAAUGACAACGUCGUCAUGCCAACGAGUUUCUUCUUAAGCAUCGUCUAUCAAAUUAUUGCCAACAUUACGACAGCUCGCAAGGAAAUUGUCUUUGACAAUUUGCUAUUUAAGAAAGCCUUAACAAUACCAAAAGUUGGUAGCGUGCCCCUCCAUGCUAUGGUGCAAAAAGGUAGUGGGGAGUUUGAAAUUUUAUCCGAAAACGAGAUCAUCCUGACUGGAAGAAUGACGUUUCCACAAUCCGAUGAUAAAUUUUUGUUGGAUCCCUACCCCACUGAGGUUUCUGAAGACAGCGUUCACUUAUCCGGAAACGACGUUUACAGCGAACUACAGCACAGAGGACACAAAUAUUCCGGUCCAUUCAAAGCAAUUAAAAGUCUAACCAUCGCCGAAAGAGGUUCUGUGAGCGUGGUGCAAUCGGAUAGCAAGUGGCCCAUGUUGCUCGAAGCUUUGAUCCAGCAACAACUGUUACAAGCCGGGGAGAAGACCCAAGAUGUUUUUGUGCCGAGAACUAUCCGGAAAAUCGCCAUUUCUGAAACUUUAUUCUCUGCAGAAAAGUCUGAGGUAGAUGUGGCUUACAACUACGCAACCAAAAUAGUGUCCACCCCAGGGUUACAACUCAUUAACAUGGAGAUGGUGCCUUUGGAAAUUGAAAAGAAAGCAACUCGUCUGGACUCUUUCGAAUACGCCCCCUUGUACAACAACAACUUUAAUAAAAUUGAAAAUGGUAUAAAUUUAGCUCUACAGUUGGCGCUAACUAACUUUGACGAUCCUAAUCCUAGUAGUUUGGUGAUUACAGAGUUAGAAUCGGAUAGCCUUCUAAGUGAGAAUAUAAAGAAUGUUCUGAAUGAGUACAACAACCUUUCGGCAAACGUUAGCUUGGCGUCGGGAGUAAAACAGAUAAUUGUUCAACAGUCCUACCCUUUGCUUCUCAUCUUGAAUGAUGUCGCUGGGGAAGACGUUUUAAAACUCGUAGCUUUAUCCCACGCUUUUCUCCUAACCAAGACAGAUAAAGCCUUAUUAUCACAACCCGAAAUAAUUCAAGUCGGUCAAUUUAACGUGAAUAAUACGAGCUACUCUAUUCUACGAAGGGUCAACACUUCCCCGGUAUCCGUUAUAAACGUAAAAGGAGACACAUUGAGCGUUAAAGACCUCAAACGUUCCUCUGUUUCAUGGGCAACCGAACUGUUUUCAGCUCUAUCUGAAGCCAAAACAAAACAAAAAAACGUUUUUCUGAUUUCAUCCAUUGUUCCUGUAGAAGGUUUCAACAAUUUUGUACAAGAAUUGCGAUCGUUGCCCGACAGUCAGUCGCUUCGAAUAGUCUUCAAUUUAGACAAAAAAACUGGCGAUUUCAGCCCCAUAUUCAAACAGAAUCUCACUCUUACAAUAAUAAAGGAUGGAAUUUUCCACGCAUUUGUACCCAUCGCCGUCAAAUUCAAAGAGAACAUCGUCCAGGAUCAACUAACCAACAACAUAAUAAAAAAUACUACCGUUAACUUUAUAAGUGUUAACUUGAAGGACGAAACCAUUAACCCGGCCUUACCAAAACGCAACGAGGUCGGAAAUAUCGAUUAUUCCGGAGUUACUAAUACCGGACAACCGGUUAUGGGUUUGGCGCGAUUGGACAAGGACAACAACAAACUGGUUCCCGAUCCAAUUUUUACUUGGGAUCUACCGGACCAUCUUACCCUGGAAGAUGGUGCCAGCAUACCCCAUGCGUAUGUAUCUGCGUACUAUAUGCUGAUGAUUAAAGCACGGCUACAACAUGGAGAUACAGUCCUGAUCCACGCUGGAUGUUCUCCGGUGGGUCUAGCAGCGAUAUCAAUCGCGCAGUCCUACGGUUGUAAGGUAUUCACAACAGUAUCAGAGGAGUACCAGCGGGCACAUCUCAAAAAGAAGUUUUCAUUCUUGAGGGACUUCGAUAUAUUCUCAUCAGAAAACUCCAGCUUCGAACCACAAAUCAAGACUGCUACUGGAGGCAGAGGGGCCGAAGUAAUACUGAACUGCGUCUCGGGAAGUCUUCUCCAAAACUCACUAGCUUGUAUAGCUGAUUAUGGGAGAUUCAUCCAGUAUGGAAAAUAUGACUUGGAAGAAGGCAACACUUUCGGAUUGUACUGUUUCCUCAGAAACACCUCUUUCUACGCCGUGGAUUUAGAAAACGUUUUCUACCAAGCCAAAGAGGUUAAAGAGGAUAUUAGGAAGUGGAUGAUCCAAGGACUGGAGGAGCUUGUUGUAAGACCCUUACAUAGGGAAAUCGUAGCUGAUCAAAACAUCGAGAAUAUCCUUAGCACCAUCAAGAAAAGUAGUAACAUCGGUAAAGUGUUGAUCAGUAUCGACAACACUUUAAGCAUAAACAAGUUGAAUGUGAAGAAACCAAACAAAUUCAUUUGCGAUUCCAAGAGUUCCUACUUGAUUUACGGCGGAACAGCUGAAAACUGGACUGACAUAGCCGAAUGGCUGGUGCUCAGAGGAGCUCGAAAAAUAGUCGUUUCCUCCGAUUCUAAACCCCAACAGAACCACAUCAAUCGCCGCUUAUCACUCCUGCAGGCCUACUACGGCGCCGACAUUAUAACAGCUCCGAACAAAGCUUACACCAAAGACGGCGCUGCUGAGUUACUAUCGGAAGUUUACUUCCUAGGAGCAAUCCAGGGAGUGUUCCUGUUGCCAAACAAAUCUACCGUAUCCAAAAGCAGUGACAUUAAACCUGUGCAAUACAUCGACAAUGCUUUGAGAACAACAGCACCAAAAGCUUUGUUUGUCAAUUUUAUCAACUCAGCUGGGGGAAUAUGCCAGGUUAGAGCAGAUGCAGGAUUCUCUACUUACAACAUCCAAUGGGACAAGGACAUGACCAUCCACGAGGCUAUUUCUGGUUUGGAUGACAUAUUGAGAUGUAAGGUAAAGAACGUCUUCAUAAAGAGCGACAAAUCUACGGACAGCAAGCAGGAGAGCAGUCAGGAUCUAUUCAAAAAACUGAGCCAGAUGCUGCCAACACCUCCUGAUAUAAUAAGAGAUCAGAAAUACGCGUCUAAAGAACCAACUUUGGUUCAAAUAGUUACCGAAGGACCAAGGGAAAUACGAGAACUGGCGCCGGUAUUCGUGAUCCCAGGAUUGGCUGGACGAAAGGAAUUGGAUGAGAUGGCCAUGACCUUGUUGUAUCCCACGUUCCUCGCUGUCUUGCCAUCGACGCCUUGGUCAAUUAAAGACAUGGCAGUCGCCUAUGUGGAGAAAAUGCGCGAGAUAUGGCCUAAAGGCCCCUACAACAUAAUCUCUUUGUCAUGGGGAGGAGCACUAACUAUAGAAAUAGCAAGGAUACUGCACAGAUCCAAGGCCAGUAUUCAUUUAUACCUUAUCGACAGCGCUCCCAUUACCAUACAGGCUACCACCAAACACUUAGGAGAAGACGAAGUGGAGAGGGAGGUUAACCUUUUGAGCAGAGUACUGAAAAUUAACGACGUUAAGGUUCUCAAUGAUCUCAAGCAAUAUCCGAAUUAUGAGUCUAGGAUAAAGAAAUGUUUAGAGAAUUUCGAAGGACAGGAAAAACACAAAAACUUCCUUAGGGAAGGACUAGUCAAUCUGAAGGCUCGCGUGGAAGAUGCAUCUGGUUUCCAACCCACCGAGGAAUUGGUUUCUGGCAGCGUUCAUCUUAUAAGGCCUGGGGAUUCAAAUAAAUAUGACAACUGCGGGCUAACACUGUUCUGCAGCCAGACACCGCAAAUAGUGUUAGUCAACGGAGACCAUUUGAGCAUCAUCGGGAGCACCGAGACGACAGACUAUAUCAACAAGACUCAUCAACUGAUAUAA